ACGGCGGUCACUAGGAAGCGAUCGCGCUGUGCUGUAGCAUGGAUGCGACCUCUGCUCCGCACCGCAUUCCCCCGGAAAUGCCCCUCUACGGGGAGACGAACCACAUCUUCGAAAUGAUGCAGAACAUGCUGGAGCAACUCCUGAUCCACCAGCCCCGAGAUCCGAUCACGUUCAUGAUCCAUCACCUGCAGCGGGACAAUGAUCAUGUGCCGAGGAUCGUAAUACUAGGUCCGCCCGCCUCUGGGAAAACCUCCAUCGCGAUGUGGCUCUGCAAACACCUGAACAGCAACCUUCUCACCGUGGAGAACUUGAUAGGGAAAGAAUAUUCCCCUCUGGCCGCCGCCGCCAGGAAGCAUUACCAGAAAAUGAAGUCCGUGCCCAGCACGCUGCUCGUUGGGCUGGUGGAGGAGCGCCUGAAUGAGGAGGACUGCAAGCAGCGGGGCUGGAUCCUGGAUGGCAUCCCUGAGACCCGGGAGCAGGCGCUGAUGAUCCAGACCCGUGGGAUCGUCCCCAGACACGUCAUUGUGCUGAGUGCCCCAGACACGGUCCUGAUUGAGAGGAACUUGGGGAAGAGAGUGGACCCUCUAACUGGAGAGAUUUACCACACCACCUUCGACUGGCCCCCUGCGUCUGAGGUCCAGAGCCGCCUGGUGGAGCCCCUGGGCAUCUCGGAGCUGGACACGGCGCAGAGACUGCUGGAGUAUCACAGGAACAUCGUCAGGAUCCUCCCCUCGUACCCCACAGUCCUGAAGGUCAUCAGUGCCGACCAGCCGUGUGUGGACGUCUUCUACCAGGCUCUGACCUAUGUCCAAACCAACCAUCGCUCCAAUGCCCCCUUCACCCCGAGGGUGCUGCUCUUCGGGUCUGUGGGCAGCGGGAAAAGCCUGCAGGCCGCGCUCCUGGCCCAGAAGUACAGCCUCGUUAAUGUCUGCUGCGGGCAGCUGCUGAAAGAGGCCGUGGCGGAGAACUCCAGACAUGGCCGGGACAUCCAGCCGUAUUUUGAAAAGGAGAUAGCAGGGCACCCGACACGCAGCCACCCGGUGCAGAGCCACAGCCCCACCACCGUGUCACCGCGGUGUCAGCCAGUGUCUUCCUGGCUCUGGACCUCCCCGCUGGGAACAGUCUGCCCCGAGCUCCUGGCUGCCUCCCGCCUCCGCCACAGGCUCUUGCCCUCUGCUCUCACCUUGGAGCCGCAGCUUCGUCACUGAGGCCACCCUGGAGGUCACCGUCACCACCGUCAGCAGCUCAGCAGGGUAGAUCCAGUUGUCGUCCUUUGUCCCUGUGUCCUUCCCCGUGGAGCCAGUUCCUCCCACCCGCCUCGGGGCCUCGGGUUGUGAUGUUCCCAGUCACGCCCGUGCAGACUCUGUUCGCUGGUGUCCCCACAGGGCUGCCAACACCUCCUGCUUUCAGAUCAGCAGCAAAAUUAAUAACGGUGUUGUUUUCCCAUCUUUCACGUUUACUGGACAGAGGACCCCAGGGCCCCAUCUCAGCUCUGGAUCCUGGGUUCCUGGCGACGUGCCGGGGACAGAGGCCCGGGGAGCUGUUUCCUCCAUGGCCCGGACUUGGAAAUAAAUGGGUCUGACCUCCGAACUCAUCCCGAUUCAGGUGCUGCGAACAGAGCAAAUUUAUUCCCGGGGGCUCUGCCUGAGCCUUCUCUCUCAGCCGCCGCUUCUGCAGGCCCCGCAGCAGGGAGUUGGGGCUGCACGUGGCCCAGGGUUCGGCUCUAAGUCGCUUUUACACGCGUGCGAAGCAAGCCACCAGUCUGCUUUUGGAAAAGUGUCUUCUGGCCGCUACAGAGUGGGGUGGCCCCCCCACCCCACGGCAGGGGGCAAGAACCUGCUGCUCGACCCCCCAGCCAGGAUUUCUUCCUCUGCCGACACCGUGGAGACUCAGCAUCGCCACCCCACGGACGCCAGUUCUCUCCCGGGCACCACUCCCAGCACAGGGAGGCGGCAAAACUGAGGUUUCUUCCUCCUGGAGAGCUGGAGCUUCCCGAGGACGGCAGCCACCUGUCCGUGUCCGUGGGACCGUCUGGGUCCCCAUUUUUCACCGAAUGCAACAGCCAGCCCUCCUCGUUGGCCGCUGCGGACCUCGGGGAGUCUGCAGCCCACCCUGUUCACCCUUUCCCAGGACCCAGUGCGUGUGGCCGUGUGUGGGGCUGUGGGCUCUGAUCUGUAGUCGGAGGGCGGCCUCCUGCCUGCUGUGUGCACUCCCGAGUGUGGCCUGGGCUGUCUCUGAUCGGCCACCCGGGAAGACCAGCCGCCCCAGGGGACCCUCGCCCCCCCGCUGUGGGCCUGUCUCCAUCGCCGCUCCACUUCCUCGGGGCGGUCGGGGCGGGACUGCAGCCAGGGCGUCUCCAGCCACAGGGGUUUGCAUCGGACUGGACGUUAUUGAGCUUCCUGUCUCCCUGGGAGCAGGUGGUGGUCUAGUACCGCCCACGUGGCUCUUUGGCCAAAGUACCAGAAGCUGCUGCCUCCCUUCAACCCCGUCCGUGGGGACCCGUGAGCUUCCUCCCCACCGUUCUCAAAUCCCUGGGAGCACGUGCCAGACGUGAGGCCCUUCCGGCGAAGAAGCGGGUGCUUAACCGGUGUAAUAACGUCCCCCUAAAAGCGGAGUCCUGAUGUGCAGGAGAGAACGUGGAAGGCAGAUCAUUACUGAGAGUUGCCCGUGCACCUCCCUGAACAUUUCUCUCUGGAGAGGUCCCUUGGGGCCCAGCAGAGCGGAGUGGGGGGGGGAUUUGAGGGAGACCCGACUGUCACUUGCACCUCUUCUAGUAAUGAGACCUCCCCCACCCCCCACCCUCCCCCACCCCCGCAGCCAGCGCAGCCAGCGCAGCCCUCACGGCGCAAACAAGCCCAACCAGCCCCAAACGGGCGUGACCGCGAGCAUUUUCGAGAGGCCUCCGUGCAGCCUCCUCCCUGGGCCCGGAGCAGAGCGCAGCCGGCCCGCCUCCUUUUUGGGGGGGAAUUAAUAUUCUCAUCACUAAAUGCACACUAAAGAUCCAACAACGUACAGGCUUUUCGCUUUUGUUAAAAACUUGCAGAGAGUUGCCGAGUUGAAAGACAAUGUGAGCCUUCCCGUGUGUGAGCGGGCGGGCGAGCUCGGCCUUGUGAGGACGCGUGUUUGCACCAGCGGAAGGCAGCGCCUGGCUCCCUAAAUUAUUCACCAGUUGAUUAAUGGGCUCACAGGGGUAUAAUUAGGAGCGGGAGAGACAGUGGGCACCAACCGCACGGCGCUCGGGGGAACGGGAGCCUUCGUUUCUUCACGGGAACUUUCUCGGGUGCUGGGCGUUUGAAGAUAAGUUGGGAAGAGCUCAGCGCUCUUCUCUUUUGAAGUGGAAAUAGGACAGUUUGAAUCCGUCGAGUUUAAUUUUUCACAAGCUUUAGGGGCCCUGCGGUGCAGCUCCCUCUUUAUUAUUGAAAAAACGCCACGUUUUUCUUUCAUUUCGUGCACACAGACGCGCCCGCGGUCCAGGCAGUAAGCAGCAAACACGCUCAUUUGCCCUUUCGCUGGGCUUGUCUUUUCGCGGGCGUCCCUCCCGGGCGGCCCCCACCCUCGCCCCAGCCACAGGGCUGCCAGGGGUUGGCGAGCGGCCACCCUGUAAUUUAUGCGUUUUUCAAGGAGCCGCACCUCGGUCUGACAAUGCUUUUGAAGUAGCUCCUUUUUUCAAGUCAAACUCUGACUUUCCCGCUGGGACUGCUACAGAGCUUUCCUCAUGGAAAGUAGGCUCGCGUCUUUUCUGGGGAGAGGGGCUGGGGAGCCAGGCUCCGCAGGCCGGAGGAACGGGGAGACAGGGUCAGAGCCCCGUUUAGCAACGGGCUCCUGCCCCACAGGCCCCGCUCCUUGUUUUGAAGAAAACCAGACUUUGGCCCUGGCUGGUGUGGCUCAGUGGAUCGAGUGCGGGCCUGUGAACCAAGGGGUCACCUCUUGAUUCCCAGCCGGGGCACGUGCCUGGGUUGCAGGCCUCAUCCCCAGUAGGGGGCGCAUGAGAGGCAACCACACACUGACGCUUCUCUUUC